AUGCACAGAAAUCUUCUGAUCUUAGGCGGUUCCGGCAAAACUGGUAUCAAGGUUGUGCAGCAAUCACUCGGAAGAGGUCAUACGGUCACGGCUUACGCGCGAAAUGCAACAAGAUUGAAAGAGGUCAUCGAAUGCGAGAUCUCUGCCCUCCGCGAGCGGCUUUCGCCCAUCCUCUCCCAAUUCGAGGCUAUUAUUUCUGUUCUUGGGCCUAAUAGUCUGAGCUACACCGGGACUGAAAUUGCACAACUUUACGAAUGGAUGCUGGCCGAAUUACGGCAGCUGCACAUCCAGCAGCGUCCAUACCUACUACUAACUUCAACACAAUCGAUUGUCAACCCAGAAGACGGCUUUGACCUCUUCACUAAACUCCACAUCUUCUUCAUCAUGACCAUCGCACCAGGGGCUCGCAGAGAAACCAUGGCAAUUAAAGACGUAUUCAUGAGGGAGAUCAAGUCUCAGAAGACCGACGUUGAGUGGACCGUGUGUCGCCUCAAUCUACUGAAGGAUUCGGGCUUGCCUCUUGAAGGUGGGAAGGCUGGGUACGUUGGGAAGAAUGGGUGGAUAUCGACGAUAGACCGGGCACAACUGGCCUUCUGGUUGAUACGGGAAGCAGAGAAAGAACCAACGGAGAGAAAAUGGGUUGGGAAAAUGCCCGCACUUUGGGGUGACAGUGUUGUCUGA